UUUCUAUCGAAAUUUUUUAUUUUUUUCAUUAAAUUUCUUUAGGCAAGCAAUGACAGACAGCUCAAAACAACCCAACAACAAUAACGACAAUUUAGUUCCCGACCCCUCAAUUCUCACCGAUUUGGAAGCCCAUGCCAGAUCAAUCGCCUCAAAUUUGGACAUGACUUUAAGGGAUUUGAGAGGUUCUCUUCACGGAAUGAGCGAUUUAACUAGCGAAUCUAUGCAAGUAUUUAAUAAUAUAGUUACUUCUACUUGUGAUCAAGUAGAUUCUGCAAUUCGUUCGACUUAUGCAAUGUUGGCUAAAGCUGAGGAAUUUAGUGAAUCGAUGAAUGGAAUGCAAAAUAUUUUUCAGCAAAUAAAAGAUGUUAAGCAGCUACUCAACGAUUUUGAAUUAAAAUUGACAUCAAAUAUAGGACAACAAAAAUAA